AUUCCAACAUAAACAAAUCAGCUUCAAUUAUUUCAUAUGUCUGUAUUAAAAAUUAAUUAUUACAAAUGGAAAUGAGUAAAUUAAAUCUAAACGAAAUGUUUAGCGGCUGGGAUAUUAGUACAACUGAGAAAGUGGAUGAAGGUCUGCUGCGUAUUGCAGAAAAAGAAGCAAAGGUGAAUGCCAGACUCGAGGCCGUAUUGUCCAAGCAAUGUCAGAUUGAGGCAAAAUUAAGCGGUAUCAGUAAGGCUAUGACCACAUUACUUGCCGUGGAGAACGAUUCCAACAAGUUAAAUAUGCAAAUCGUAAACACCGCACAACUGGCUGAAUCCGUAAGUGCAAAAGUGCGCCGGCUGGAUCUGGCCAGAUGCCGGGCGUCUGAGUGCCAGCAACGUGUCCACGAUCUGAUCGAUCUGCAGUUGUGUAGUCAGGGCGUGGUUAAGGCUAUAAAUGAGGAGGAUUAUGAGAAGGGUGCAGGACAUAUCGCCCGGUUUCUAGCAAUGGACCAACAGCUAUUACAACGCACAGCGGAUGAUGUCCAGGGGUCCAUUACGUCGGUGAGCGAUGCUGUACGCACGCUAGAGGAUGCCACCGAAAAAAUGAGGGAAUUAAUUUCAAAACGUUUCGAUGAGGCUGUCCAACACGAUGACCUGGCUUCCGUUGAGAGAUUCUUUAAAAUAUUUCCAUUGGUUGGUUGUCACCGCAUCGGUAUAGAGAAAUUCAGUGGCUACAUUUGCCAAAAGCUGUCGGCAAAAGCGCAGAAGGAGCUGCGCAACACGCAGGACAUUGCAAAGGCCGAGCGACGUCUUCAUUUGGCCUAUGCCGAUCGCUUGACUGCGAUUUUGGAAAACUUUGCCCGAGUCGUCGAAGUUAAUCAGCCAAUUAUUGAAGCAUUUUAUGGACAAGAAUCUUCAUCAUUGGUAGAUAUGGUAACCAUAUUGCAAAGGGAAUGCGAUCUUGAAGUCAAAAAUUUGCUCCUGGAAUUCAACAAAAAUCGGCAAAUUCAGUACCGCAUCAAGCAGGUCAACGACAGCGCUCAGCGACAAAGCGGCGCCAGUAUGGCCAACAACAGCAUACAGUCUUUGGGACAUUAUCGAAAGCCGUCGGGUGGUUCUAUAGAUAAAUUAAACCCCAAGGAUAUAGACGCUAUCAUAGCCGAAAUCACGGUCAUGCACUCCAGAAUCGAGUUAUACUUCCGGUUUAUGCGCCGUCGUUUGCAGACUAAUGCUGAGACAUGUUUGCAAGAUAAGGAAGCACAAAAGCAAAUACUAGACGAAUACGAGAGGGUUGUGAAGAAGUGCGACUUAAGUCGCCAAAUGCAGGAAAUUCUAAGCACAUACUUACUGUUUGAAAAGUAUUUUAUGGAGGAAAGCGUUAUGAAAGCCAUUGGACUGGACACCUAUGAAGCUGGUCAGCAAUGUUCCUCAAUGGUGGAUGAAGUUUUCUUUAUAUUACGCAAAUCGAUUAGACGCUCCCUGACAACGCAAUCUAUCAAUGGGACUUGUGCUGUUAUUAACAAUGUUGCAUCAUGCCUAGAUGGCGAUUUUGUCACUGCAUUGAAGGCGCCUUUAAAAAAUGGUUAUCCAUCUGGUUAUAUUGAUUUAGCGCAAGCCUACAAUGCAAUACAAACGAGUCUUCAGCAGGGUAAAUUACAUUCGAGUGAUGCUGAUCGCGUUCGAACGAAUUUCAUAGUGCAAUUGAAUAAUGCCGAUAUGUCGACGGAGUAUAUUGAGACCCUAUGGCAGACGAUGGAGCAGGAGAUAGCAGGCACAUUCCCUAACAUAUCCCAAGUAGAGCGACAGCUACUAGACAGCUGCUUGACUGAACUCAAAACCAUACGCGAUGCUUUGAAAGCAACCGUUGACUUUGGCAUACAGCAACUAAGGUCGAGUGCGAUAAGGCCACGCUUAAAUCCUUGGGUUGAUGAAUUCCUAAACUACAGUCACCAUUUAACAGAGGAGGAACUGUCCGCGUACGAAGCUGGUGAAACAUUUGUUCAGUAUUUCAUUGUGCAAUUAGAUGGACUUUUGAAUUCGUUUAAAAAUGCAUUAAGUUCACGUAAUUAUGAUGCCCUCGUCAGCAUAUUGGCUACAGAAGUAACCAAUCGCUUAGAACGAGCUAUUAAGAAGAGCACCUUCAACCGGCUCGGCGGACUUGUUCUGGAUCAGGAAGUGCGUGCCUUAGGCACCUACUUAACGGGUGCAACUUCCUGGUCUGUGCGCGAUAAGAUGACACGUCUUUCACAAAUUGCUACGCUUUUAAAUUUAGAUAAAGUUUCAGAAUUGUCCGAGUAUUGGAAUCCCGAAAAUAAUUCUGAUAUGCCUUCUUGGCGACUGACCCCUAACGAAGCACGUACUAUUCUGGCAUUAAGAACCGAUUUUCGUAUGGAUGACAUUAAACGCUUGCAGCUUUAAGCAGAAGGCGUUUUUAUAAAAAUUAUGAUGCUGCGUUUUC